AUGCUUCAUGACGAACUUUUGAAUUCAUCGCCUUCCUUUCGCGCAAGCAAACUGGACUUAGCCGAUUUGACGAGCGCCGCCAACGCAACCACCAUCGAUAUCCUGCGGGAGUCCAAACAGGUGUCCAUGAAUGUGCCUACGAGCCUAUCAUCCCUAACCACCUCGAGUUUCCCCCAGUCCUCUCCCUUCAUCACCACUGCGUCUGUCAGCAGCGGGCCCCAAAAGCUGCAGACAGUUCUCUCGUCGUCCUCCUCCUCGUCGUCAGGCGCUUACCUCCAUGACAACAAACAACCCACCCGUUUCCUGCUUGGCCAAGCUGAUCCUAUUGACCAUCACUUCCAAGUGGCUUUGGGAAAAGCGUCGACUCAUCCUUCUUCUUCUGCCGCUGCUGCUGCUGCCGCAGCCGCCGCCAUCUUGCUUCCGUCUGGUGGCAGAAAGAUGCUGACAUCAGACUGUCUGCCCGAACUCUCCCGAAACUCACUCGUUUUUGGU